AUGAAAGGUCGGGGUGAUCUACCCCCAGAAUUGAUAACAGAGUUUCGUGAGGCGUUUUCUUUGUUCGAUCGUGACGACGAUGGAACAAUCACAACAGAUGAGCUGGGGACAGUGAUGGAGAACCUGGGAUUGAAUUCCACCAGGGAAGAACUUGAUGACAUGAUUAGGGAAGUGGAUGAGGACGGAGCGACCACUUUGCCACCAACAACUACUCAAAUGCCAACAACAUCAGGAAGUGGUGCGGUGGAUUUUGAAGAAUUCUGUGUGCUUAUGGAGAGGAAACUUGCACAGGAAACCCAGUCGGAAAUCCUAGACUUGUUUAGAGUCUGGGACUUGUCCGGUGAAGGAAUAAUCGAAUCAGGGGAACUACGAUGCUUGUUGAACAGAAUCCCUGAGCGACUGACGAGAAAAGAGAUUGAUUUACUGGUUAAACAGGCGGACACCAAGAAAAAUGAAUUCGUCAAGAUGAUGUCUUCAGCAUAG